AUGGGAAAUAAUGGUAAAAUAGGCGAAUUAUCAGGUCAAGAACUUGGUCUAUUAGACUAUUACUUGGUCAAAACGAGUACUUGCAGCUUGGAUUUCAACCAAUUCCCUUAUGAGCUCCAUGGCGAAUGCCUUGACACAACCACAAAUUUUGUUGCAUACCAAACCAUGCAGUCAUGCUGCCGCUCUGCCCUCCUCUCUAUCUUCCAAGCAAUGGCUGUAAGAGCUAACCAUUCGCGGUCCAUCUUCCUCGACUCAGCUCAAGCUCAGGACUGUGUUAUCACAUUCCAAAGUCUUCACAACAAAACUGACAUCUCUAAAUGUGAAUUACAACAUUUCAUCUCUUCUACAGGCAAAAAUCUGUGUUCCAAAGAUGUUGAUUCAGUCAUAAAUUCUCUAGGAGUGGAGGGAUACAGUUCUUUCCAAUCAAAUUGUAACUCUUUAUUGAAUAGUACUAAUUAUGGCGACGACGCGUGCUUUGAUUGCUUAGAAUCAUAUAGACAGGCUUUGAAUGCUUUGAAAGAAAGAGAUGGCACAGAUGGGAAAGGAUGUGCUGAGGCUCUCCUUGUCAGUCUUGCAAGCUCGGAUAUCGAUUCUCCUACAUGGGUUCAUGGAACUUUUUCUUGUUUAGAGGAUGAAAUAGAAUUUUCUUUGCCUACAAAAGUGCAAAAGAAAGAUGGGUUUAUCCUGGGUUCCAAGAAACUGUUUGCAGCUGUUAUCAUCGCGGCUACACUUGUUAUACUAGCUCCCAUUCUUUAUAAGCUAACACGUAAAAGACUACAAGACAGCAGUGACAAAGAGAUCGAAAAUUUAUCAGUUAUAGUCCUGAAGAAAACAUUCGAGGACAAGUCCAUAAAUAUGUUUAACUGUUCUGAUCUAUAUCUAUUUUCCAUAGAAGAAUUGGCGAAAGCUACAAACAAUUUUCACAAAUCAAACUUGGUUGGAGAAGGAACUCUUGGGAAAAUAUAUCUCGGAAUAAUGCCUAGUGAAAUGAGAGUGGCAAUUGAGAGAAUGAAUGAAGGGAUAAAUCUUUAUGACCUUACUGAUCAAAUAUGGAGGAAGGCAAAAAUAAGGCAUCCAAAUCUGGUGAGCAUUCUGGGAUACUGUGACAGAGAAGAUCAAUGUCUGGUUUACGAGCAUUGUGUUAAUGGUGAUUUGGAAAAUUGGCUUCUAGGUGAUCGGAGAAUACCAAUAUUAACAUGGGAACAACGGCUACAGAUAUCGAUUGGCAUCGCACGAGGUCUAUGGUUUCUCCAUAACAACCCCUUGGAGAAGAUGCUAGCAAGCAUUUUACUUAAUGAAAGACUAGAAGCUAAGCUUUCAGGCUCCAUCUCACCAAAACACAAGUUGAACAUGACCAAGGGGUCGAAAACAUUGGCUAAUGAUGUGUUCAAUUUCGGCGUCGUGCUGCUUCAAAUUUUGACAGGGAGAAAAUCAAAAUCUCUAGUUGAUGAGGCAAGAGAUGUGACACUAAAAGGUGGGAGUGUAAGUGAAAUGGCAGAUAGGCGGCUGAGAGGGGCAUUUGUAUUAGCUGAAUUUGGGAACGUAUUUGCAGUAGCUGUUAUUUGUACGGCUACAAAUGAACUUGAGAGACCAAACAUGGAACAAAUUCUACAGAGACUUGAGCAUUAA